ACAUUCCGGGUUGUUACAGGUCAAGAGUAAAUUGCGUCACUGUUUUGAUGUGGUGUGAUGUUAUCAUCUGGAAAGUCUCUGGCAACGGGACUUUUCCCUGCUGUUGGCGUGGUGUCAUAUAGCUGGAUAUAACUGUAUUUUAUUUAUGUCGUAGCAGGCCGUCACCGUUCGUCUCGUACCCCAUGGUGAUUUAGCAAUCAGGCGUGCAUUUCUCAUAACAACAAACAUGUCGACUGAGAGACAAACUAACUCCGAAGAAAAUCUGCAAGGAUCGUGGGUAGAGCUGCACUUCAGCAGCGGCAGUGGGAGUGUGGGGUCACGCAGCAGCCAGGAGCAGCCAGCAGCAUUCCUCCAGGAGGGAGACAUGGAGAGGAUGCUGCUGGAGGCCCAGAGAGAGUCUGGGAGGAGCAGCUCCAGGGGGAGCUCUCACUGCGACAGUCCUCCAAGAUCCCAGACUCCUCUGCAUGUGUGCAGAAGCUCAGAUGUGUGCAGCAGUGGAGAGAAGAACAGCUCCCAGUCCGAAGAAGAUUUCCUUGAGAGGAGACGAGAAGUAGACAACUUAAUGAAGAAAAAUGCUGACUGGAUCUGGGACUGGUCGAGCCGACCUGAAAACAUUCCACCCAAAGAGUUCCUGCUGAAGCACCCCAAACGUGCCGGCGCGCUCAGCAUAAGGAACACCCGGGUUAUGAAGAAGGGGGGCCUCCUCUCAGCCGAGUUCCUCAAGGUUUUCCUGCCCUCUGUGCUCAUUUCUCACAUACUGGCCCUGGGGAUCGGGAUCUACAUCGGGAGACGUUUAACCACCUCUGCUACUACCUUCUGAAGAGCAUGUUGUGAGAAACUCACUUUUAUCACUAUACUGUGUACCACACCAUGUGGCAUGCUGCCACUAGGCAUGGCCAUCUGACAUGUUCUUUUCUGUCUGGCCUCAGUUCCCCGCUGGCUCAUUUCUUUGUGAAUGAUGUUGUCAUCUUUUUAUUCUGAGAGCUGCUUUAAAUCUGCGUGGCCAGGAAAUGGCCGUUCCUACCAUGUUUGCUUCACUGUAUAAGGAUGAUAAGGCUGACCACUCAAAAACUGGCAUUUACUGUAUGGGCAUUGGUUAAGGAUGCAUUUCCUACUGGGUACUGAUUUAAUAAGGGCAAAAUGGAGGAGUGAAGGGAUACAGAGAAAGAUGCUGUUUGUGAAUAAGAAUCUGAGAUCCCUAAAAUUGUGAGUGGUGGUGGUGGGGUGGGUGGGGGAUUAAAGAGAAAAAACAGACAAAUGCACAAGUUGUAAGAGACAGGAAGAUAUUUUAGGAAAGUUGGACAAGAUCUAAUGUGAUUGUAUGCCGUAAGUUGCAGGAAGUAGCUAUUGCUAUGAUCAGCUAUAGUGGGUUUGCGUAUCAGGACUUGACUUGGUCCAGGGAGAGCAAAUGAAAAAUGUUGAUCCACCUGCUGAAUACAAACCUCAUACUUUUGCUAGUAGUUUCUCAUUUUGCCAAAAAAUGCAAUACCAGCACCUGCAUUGUAUUUGUAAUUUUUGAUUGGCAGCUGGUACAGUUUUGAUUUUGAAUAGGUUUUACUUAAAUCUAUCCUUUCAACUAGCCAAGUCCAUAAUAUAUGAAUACAGAAUGUUGAUAGACAGUGUCAUAAAAUAGACUGGCUUUACGCCUUUCAAAAAUGAUUGAAAACGUAACCUUGCCAAGUUCCACGGUAAAGCCACCAGUGGUGGAAAAUGCAUUGAAAAAUGUUAGGGUUCCAUCUCAGGGCUGUGUGCUUUAAGUGACUGUUAUGUUACAGAUUCACAGAAAAUUAUUUGAAUGUACAGAUUUUGAAAUGUUAUAAUAUUUACACAUAAUUUACAUUAUAUAACUCUGAUUAAAAAUAAAGAAAUGCAUAAAUUAACAACUUGCAUGGCAUGCAGUAUAGGUUGCUACACUAAUCUUCUCAGCAAUGCAUAAUGUUCUUUUGCUGCUUUGCAUAUAUUACAAAAUAAUCGUGAAUGUGUUGAAACAAAUCAAACUAUCACAUAUUAGAUUCUAGAUUAUUCCUGACCAAAUAUUUGAAGUGUAGAAUAUAUCAUUACUAAAACAGAAGACUUGCCUUGGUUUCUCAAGCCUGCUCCACUGCAUAACUUAAGAAUCACUGUUGUCUUGUGAAAUUCCAAACAUGACCUCUUCAGCUGGCAGUAUUUCUCGACUGGCUUCAACACUGGCCAAAACUUUUCAGAAGCCUUGUAAUCAAUAAUCUACCUUAUUGUGCAUCUCUUACCAUAACAGCCUCAUGAGUGAACAGUUCAUUGAUGUAUCGUGCUGCAGGCCACACACACACACACACACACAGACCAUGCAUACACACACAGUGAAACAAAAUCUUCCAAAUCCAAAUCCAGCAAAGUAGGAAAUGGUCAAAGAGGGUGUGUCUAAACAGGAUGCAGUUUUAGGCAUUCACAGAAGUCAGUGUAUUCAAGCCAUUUCUUUCUUUGGCUGCUUCAAAUGGGGAAAAGGUUGUGUAUUCUGAAAAAGGAACAACAGUUCAACUGUAAAAAUCCAUUACAAGCAAUACCUGAGCAUUACCUGCACUAUGUGAUUAGAAUUAGCAAUACCAUUCCCCCUCCAUGUCACAUGGUGCACUGUUGAUCUUGAUUGGAAUGUGAUGUUAUUUCAUUUAUGUGACUGUUCAUAUCAAUAAGAAUUUCAUUUCUAAUUUUUAUUUUCUCCAUGAUUGGAGAAUUGAAGUGACUUAAAUCAAAUCAUAAGCCAAACUCUUUAUGGACAUUAGCAUGUGAAAACAUGAACAAGCAAUGCUUAUCAGGUAAUUUCACCGCAAAUGAAACACUUUAUAUGUGUUCACUUAGCUUCACUUGCAUUGCUCCACCUGUUGUUCUCUCUGUACAUUGUGAGAAAUUACAGACAGAAGGUGUUACUUGUUCAGACAUUGCUCUUGAUCCCUAAAAGGCAUUAAACCAUACUCUUCCUGUACCUACUCUGAAGCCUCAUGUGAAGAUCAGGCAAAAAUCAGGGAUGCAGAAAUACCCAUGAAUCACUUGGGCUUUUGAAACCGCAUGUCAGGGAUCGACAACAGUGUGUAAAAAAUGCAAAACUGGUUCCUUGCUUUUCAAAAGUCAUAACAAGCAGAGCCAGGGACAACAACAAUUUCAGAUUUUCAGAGAAGUGACUCUUUCACGUGUUAAGAUUUUGCGCUACGAUUAUGAAGGCCAUCUGUGUUGCAUGUUUCUUGGGUCUUCAGAUGCUGAGGAGAUCGCCUUAAGUAGGUAUUAAAUAGUAACUGGAGUUCAAUCCCAAUCAAGCCUAUCCUGAGGAUGGGGAAAUCUGCUCCGAUUCAUGAUUAUUAUCGAGAGGGAAUUCACUGCUGCUUUGAAUGUUAAGAUGGAACUGAAAAAAAAAAAAAAAAUCAGAAUAAGAAACCUGUGUACUGUGAUUGUGAGCAUGUUUUGCAAAUGGUAAUCGCUCAUACAUGUCACCACCGUAGAAUCGCCUGUUUGCCUAAAAGGCCUAAAAUGUGAACCGUUAAUUCAUGCAAAAAUUAAAAUGUCCCAUCAUUGCAAAUUCA